UCGGAUACGGCUUUUCAUCCUGUUAUUUAACUUAUCAGUAAAUCUGUCUUGUAGAUUUUACUUCGACCCUACAGGCAUUUCGUAGAUAGUAGAAACAGGACCCGCCGGCACUGAGCUAAGCUUUGACGUUCAGAUAGUUUCGUCUGUUCUGUCUAUGACUGUAUCGUGAUACAGAAGCAUAGUCGAAUACAGCGUUGCAAAUAGCGGAGAGAUAUCAGAAAAGUCAAUGGCUUUUCGCGAACACGUGUUGAUCCUCAGACAAGCUGCAAUUUGUGUAAAGGGAUCUACGAAUUGAAGAGAACGUUAUUAAUAAGGAUCGCGAUAGAUCUUGAGCGGGCAAAGAUGCUAGUAGAAGUAAAAGAUUUAGAGUUCCUUUUCUUUUCUGAUGAAAUUGGGCCCUGGGAAGUAGGUCAAUUCGCGAACUGGAUAAAUUCAGUCAACCGCGAGUGAACGAGGGAGAAUACGGUGUGGAAUAAAAUUAUCGAUCGCGCGACACAAACAGAACGGAACGGAAAAGGAAGAAGUAAGGAGAUGUACAAAGAAGGGAGAAUGAGGCAGAGAGAAGAGCGCCUAGAAAGGACAGCCACGUUGCAGGCUUUCGUGCAAUUUCGCUAAAAGCAUUAAUUUGGAUUAAAAGAUCGUCUACGCGCCGAAAAGAUGGACUCCUUUAAGGAAUUGAAACGGUAUCCUCCCCGUGGUCGGACUUAAUUGCUCGUUCGUGGCGCGUGCCUCCGCCAAUAAGAAAAAUUUACUUAAGAUUUAUUUAAGAUUCGUUUCGUCUGUACGUGCGCCGAAGCUUCAGAAGCUUCGACUUAGAAAACGUUCUCGAUAUCAUAUUCUUCACUUGGAGCAGGUAAGAAAGUGAACGUCCAUAAUUGAAUUCCUAAUAGCGCUAGUCACUUUGAUGAAAUUCUUUUCUUUAUCAAUGUUUCAUUCAUCAGUGUUUACUGUGUGAGACCGCGUAACACAGUGAGUCGCGGAAUAAUUUAUUCUUCGAAUAUUUAAUUAUCAAUGGUGUUGGAACAAGUUCCAUAUAUUCAAAGUACUAUAUACACAGAGCAGCGUCCUCCUAUUUUCACGGAAAUUAUUUCAGUUUCGACUGUGCCGAAUUAAUCUGUUGCACAGAUAACGCAAUUUUAGUUUCGACCGUGUCGAAUUAAUCUGCGACGGAGAUAGCGCAGUUCUAUAAUUUCACAAUCCUUGUUUAAUCGGUAAAACUUAAUGAUAAAUUUAAUUCCAUUAUCCUAACACGUCGUGUCCAAUCGGAUAGAAUUACGCGGUGACGGGAAUAAAAUAAAAGUUAGGAAAGCAUGAAAGAUUAGGGUUGGCAACCUUUAAGCCGAGUUUCGAUAGGAGAUCCGACAGGGAAGGAAAACUGCAAAGAAAACCAAGCGCGAAAGCGGGGAGUCUCAUUAGAUUCUGCGGGCGCUGCUUCGCAGAAGUUUACUUUCGAAAUAUCGGCAAACGAUGAACACGGAAUCUCAACGAGGGAGAAAGAGAACGGCGAAUCAUUCUUAUUGCAGUCGGGUGCACGACGGAGAAAUUGUUAGUUGCCAAACUUACGGUACUAUAAAGCUCUUCAGGAACGUUGUCCUUUGUCCUCGUAAGUCGCGAAGCUCUCGAACGAUACUGUUUGCAAGACGGUUACGAAAUUCGCGAGUUUCCCCAUCAACUUUCAUAAUUUCGUUGUACUUUUCCGUGAAUCGCAUCAUAUUUUUUAUUGCUCGUAUCGUCGUAUCGUUUUUAUCAAUUAUAUUACUCGGUUUGCGAAGCGUGUUAGCUUUUUUGUCGAGAUCUCUGUUGGUUUCCGCGAGUUGUAAAAUUAAGGAAACGAAUGGUAGAGUGGUAGAGUUGCACAAGAGAGUAAAUCGACGUGGUUCAGUCAUCUUCCGUGUAGUCAAGACACCACAUAGCAAAUUAACUAUACGAGGUUACGAAAUUAUCGUAUUGCACGACGGCAUCAUAAUUUGGAAUUAUUCUAGUAUACCUGAUUGCACCUGAUUGCCUGUCGUUAAUGGCACAAGGAUUCUUGACACAUCAUUUACCACUUGCCGAUUCUCAGGUAUUUCCAGUCAAUCUUCCGAGGAGAAAAUUGAAACUCGUUGUCAUCCUCGAUCAAACACCAUAUUAGCAGAUCCAUUGCAACGCACGCUCGGAAAAGAAUAAAAAAUAAAAGACACAUUUUUAAUGUUCAAUCUUCUUGCAAAACAACUGUUUACUAUGUAAAACAUCGCAUCGAGCAUAAUUCUAUUAGCGGUGUGUAUAUACGCUAUGCAACGAGGUAAUCGAGAAAGCUACAUCGAAAUGAAUAUAUUAUGAAUGCGACGGGUGACGUGCGGUUUGAUAAGCUGAUCCAUAGCGAAACAGAGUGACGCCUAAAAACGCGUAUGUAAAUCUUCUGUGGCUGAACUUGCACCCCACCGAUGCGACAGACAGCGGAGCAAAAACACGAAUUUUCCAUUCAAAUUUCACGCUGUCCCGCAUACCGGUGAAACGUGGCUCGCGCGCCGGACAAUUCGACGCUCUGGAUCAACCAAAAAAAAAAGUGGUGAGCCGAGAGGAAACAGGACGAAAUACGCGCGUGAAGGCCAUCGCUCUGAAACGGACGCGGAAAACAAGAAGAUGGAACACACGACGGGAGAAAAUGAGCGGAGACUAAAGGAUUUCUCUAAGGGAUAAAGAAAAAGAGAGAGAGAGAAAGAGAGAGAGAGAGAGAGAAAGAAAGAGAGAGGGAUGGGAAUUCAACGAGCGCUCGACGAACGCGGUUUCCGAUAGUCAUCUCUGCAUCGUAUAAAUCUACUUAACAAUGGACAGGAGUGCACUUCCUGAAACGGGGCCACGAAUGCGCCGAGGAGCGCCAAUAAAAAUCGACGACCAUUCAUCGACGAAAUACCGAUUCCCUGCAUUUUAACUAGAUGUGUUUGUUCCGCGAACACGAUUCUGCUACGUCUGUGGAAACCGUGUAUGUAAUUCGAGUUGACUGUGGUAGCAGCUUCUCCUCAGUCGCGUUGCGUGAUGGAUUAACCGUUGUUGGAAUGGAGAGAGGAGAGGAUGACUAUCUGGCGUUAUAUGCUGAGACGAUGAUGGAAUGUCCGACUAAGAUUAUUGAAGAUAAUAUGGUAGCGUGGGUGGUAGUUGGGUGAUGAUGUUUGAGAAAAGUUCAUCUGUGAAAUGAGCCGUUCAAAAGCUACAUAUAUCGAUUAACUCCAAAACUGGAGUAAAACUCCUUUCUUUGAAUGUUCGACAUUAACUGUGCAUCUGUAUAAUGAGAUUAAGAAAUCUACAGAAAGUGAAGUUGGAUCAGUUUGGACACUGAAAGGCUGCGACCGAAAACUAACUAUCGAUUCCUAUAGCGAGUCUACUGUUUGGAAAUCUCUGUCGGCCACAAAAUUUAUAAAUAAUAAAAGCUACUUGUUUCCUUUCGCUGUGAUGCCUAUAUAUAUAUCCUCUCGAGAGUGGAGACUCGCACGGAGGGUGUAUCAACGAUUCUGUAUUCACGUUUCAGCCAAGUAGCAUCGUGUUGAGAGAAAGAAACACGAGCGUCGUAUUGUGGAAAAGCGUCGUGAGACGGUUUUCCGCUUGGAGGAUCGAGAAGGGGUCGUCUAACCGCGAUAUUAAAUAAAAGAAGAGCACUCUGACAGAGCAGACGGCAAGCCGAUUGCCGAUGGAUAUACGGCACCUCCUCGCCGCGCGAACACGUACGUUUAUUAUGGUGUACGGCCAUCUACAUCGUCGCACCGCAACACCGUCUGCUUGGAAAUGCACCACUAUUAAAGCGCAUCCCUCGCAUCCUUCCCGGCAACGUCGCGCACGGCAUUCGUUGAUAUGCAGACGAUGACACGCUUUCCGGUUCCGGCAGAUUUCGCACUCCCGUCUCGUAUGCCGCGAAGCUGCUGGAUCUUCUCGUGUAAAUCCUCCAAGGGUAGCUCCGAGAGACGUACCGGUUUGCAGCUUCGUCCAUUUUUCAUCGCGCGGAAAAUACGCGAGCGGUCGUUAUCGCCUGCUCAGAGAGGAACAUUUUUCCCGGUUGUUUUAUUAAUGGAUGAUGUUUCAAAGUUUCCCGCUACUAUCAUCCGCGUUCGUAGGAAUUCCUUUCUGAACUUGAUUGUCCUUUGUCUCUUUUUACCGGAUGUUUUUAUUUCAAUAAAAAUUGAAACGAUAAAACCUUCGUUGCUUCUAUUUCUAGAAAGAAUAUUUGUUAUCGAGAUAAUGAUGCAAGAGAAUCCUCAAUAGUUUCAAUUUCAUUCUACGGUUCAUGGAAUGAAAUUUUUCAUGCGAGCCGAUUAAAGAAAAAAGUUCUCUAUGGCUAGAAUAGCAAUAUGAUAUUGUUUGACAGCGUGUCGCGCCCGUAAAUCCCUGCCGCGUCGCCUAAGGUUGGAUUUUCGAUCAGAAUUUCCGUAAUGUGGCCCAGGUGGAAGUUACGCGAGGAAUCAGGACGCUCGGUGUUCCACGAAAAAAGCAGGAGAUUCAGUUACGUACAGGCAGUUACUGAACAGGCUUGUGACUUUCCAUAAAGGUGAACAAGGGGGUGUUAGUACCGGGGAUGAAGUCCCCACGGUGAAAAGUUUUCUCCCCGCUUUGGAAACACGAUCGGACGAUACAUCGCUGGUACGUGCGGAGUAUAUCGAAGCUGGCACCAGUUAACGUCGAGUUUUGUGCAUACGCGAUGCAGCGAACGAAAAACCUCCGCAGGCUGGUGCACGUGCGCUCUACGUUCUGCAUAUGCGCCGUAUGGUCGAUCAUGGUUCCCCGAACUUCCCGUUACAGGGAAUAAUUCAUUUUCUUUCUCUCAUUUCCUCUCUUCUUCGUGCCUUGCUCUCUGCCACAGUCGCUCCCUCUUCCUCGUCAACUCGAUGGUCUUUUUUCUGUUCUUUCCCGCAGUUCAAGGGCAAAUCGGGGCUGACACACGACGUACGAGCUAACUUGUAAUCGCUUCACGGCCCCACAGUUCAAAAAGACACACUUCUCUCCCUUUCUACUUGGCUUCACAUCCUUCGGAGACAAUGUGGCGUCUGUCUUCGAGUAGCGGUGUGGAAGAUGCGACGUUGCGCUAAAAUUCAACCGUGUCCUUGCUACUUCCGUCUCAUUCUUCCCCUCUGUUCUACACAGUUGUCGUUUGUUCGACAACAAUAGCAGAAAUUUCGUUCUCUUCCCGCGUCUUUCUUCGUCCACCCUCCGUCGGCCGCUUUUUAUCCUGGCACACGUAUAUGUUCGAGCGACUCCUGCAAAUCACAUUAACGUCAACCGCGUGACGUGUUUUCCUGUUUUGCAAGCGAGACGACGACACAACGCUCGCUUAUGAAUAACGCUCCGCCGACCAGCAUGCUCCUCGCAAAGCUUUAUGAUCCGCGAUUUCGACUGGCUUAGCUCGAUCGUCUUCAUCGUGCGUGGAUCAUCCGACCUCGUUCUCCGUGUACUCAUUUCCAUCUCCCUCUUUCUAUCUUGCCUCCUGACUUUCUCGUUGUCUUUUUCGUCCUUCUCUCCUCUGUUUCUCGUCCCUUGAUUCGCCACGGCCCUAUCCGCAUGAUCUUCGUUCCACACGCGAAUCCGAAGGAUUACGAUGUGCUUGUUUGCGUACCGAAUUAUGCAAUUGAAGCACCGCUCGACUGUGUGGUUAUUUCAUGCGUGAAAGUAACGCCAGGAGUACCGGUCGCAUAACAAUGUUGAAUACGAAAUAGCGCGGAGUGAACACGAAGAUGCGAAAUCUCAGUGUCAGAGCCGAAACGCUCCAAGGGUUAUCGUUUGAUGUGGCUACGCUUCCGCCCGUGUUUCAUCAGGCAAUUGCUUGAAAGCCAACCAUCGAGGAAAACAGAUUCGAACCGAUUGAUACAACUUUUUCAACAUUUUCCCUGCCCUCUUUUGAUUUUCGUUGCCAUUUCGCUCCGUGUUUUAUUAUUUGAUCAUUUUGGUCGCUACUUUGAAACGUUAUUCAUACUAAUUUCGUAGACGGUAGACUUAGAAACGAAUACUACGUCUUUUUCUCCGCUUUGUUCGCGACUUCGAAUGUCCUUGGUUAUGCAACCAUCGAUUUCUUUCUGCAUCUUUUUGUACAACUAUCCAAUUGUUUCUUCAGCGAGGUAGUAAAUAACACAGUUGAAGGCAUUUGUUCCUAUCUUACAUUAUAUACCGCAUUAAAGCGUGUCCCUUUUUAUCUGCCUCCUUUUCAUCUUUUCCGUUAUAAAUGCGACGUACAAUCCGCUUUCCAUGACCACAAAAAUACCAGUUUUCUUUCAAUCGUUAUUUUCUCGUACAAACGUCGCCAUUUGAAACCGCGCAUGCAGCCCUGCAAUGUCCAUUUGAAAACCAAAAGCCAAGAAAGGAGAGGGACGAAAAAUCACGUUGUAUGCACGUGGAAAAAUUAUUUCCGUUACACCAAAAUGGAUCGUUCGUCGACGCCUUGAACAGCACGUUUCGCGACUAGCGCGUCGAGCUUCGCAAAAUAAAGUUUCGCGAUUAAAAAAACUCCUAGUCCAUGGAAAUCGUCAUAUUGCUACAACGAGCCUCCCGCAAAAACGCGCAGGGAAGGACAAAAAGAACAAUUACAUAUUAAUAAGCGAGCGGAACCUUGUCGAUCUUUACCGUUCACCACGACUAACCGGUGAAUUCGAUUCGUAUCGGAUAACCAGCACCGGAAACCUCUUUUUCUCAUGCAAACGAGCAAUUAGUCGUACGUGCCUUCGCGAUUGAGUCACGAUCGCAGCAGGUACGGGGGAACACGCGAAAGGUAGCUGACGCGAUGACGAGCACAGUCAGGACGACGAGAGAAGCGACUUGGCGCGCGAGCGAUCGCGCGCACGUAUACGCAUGGGCCGAUUGCGUAACCGACAGUGGCGCGCGUAGCAUCCGGUAAGUAAUUUUAGAUGCGUCGGUAUGCGCGCGUGGUCAGCCAGCGAGCCGCCCUGUGUUGCGGAGAACUGCACCAGGAAAAGGGGAACAAUGCUUUUCCCGUUCGAGUCCGGGAUCGCUCGUUGAUUGCACCAUCAUUGUGGUGAUUGUGAGAAUAAUUGAUAAAUGGAAUUCUUCUGGGAGAUUGCGCAGAGGAUGCUUUGGUGUUGGAUAAUUUUAGAAAGCUGUCGGUGGUGGAUUAUUUUACUACACACGAAGAAUGUAGAUGAUAAUGAAGGAAUGCAAAAUGAUGAUAGCCGACGAUGAAUCAAAUGCUAUUUUGGUAUGCAGAAACGCUCACUCAUGAAAAUUAUUAUCUUAAAAGAGUUAUCUUUAUUAUUUUAAAGGAAUUUUGAAUUGAAAAAGGUUUUGUGAAUUAUGGAAUUGAAAAGGUUAGGGGAAAAAGUGUGCCACGUGAACAUAAACUGCGAACAAAAUUUCGAGCCUUACGUAGUAAAAAUAGAAAUCGGCAACUACUAAAGUUCUUUGGCAAGAAAGUUAAACAAAGAAUAAGAUAAGCGCCGCAAAUAAACAAGGACAAAAAUGAUAAAGCAAUCGUUGGCGUAACGUCGUGCACGUACUAUCGUUUGCUCGAUCGCAACUAUAUCGCGUGUACAGGACAAGAAACGUGCCUGCUGUUUGAUCGUCCGUAAAUCGAGUAAUGCUUUCACGUCGACCUAGUAACGGAACUUUUCGACGCAAUUGUUUCACCGCACUCGAUAACAGUGAUGCUUCAAUAUUUACUCCAGAAGCGAAACCAAUUAACGAAUGAGCAAUGAAAAAAAGAAGGAAGGCGAGACGAGAAAGGAGCAGGAGGGAAGCGGGUAAGAGCGGCCGGCUACAUUCAUUGUCAGCGAACAGCAUAAAAAAGAAACAGAACACGCGGAACACGAGUCAAUAGAGCGGAAGAUGGAAUUUCCACUUCGCUAUAGAAAAAGUGAAACUAGUUCCCACGCGAGCGACGAUAAAAUAUUAAUGAUAUCGAUUCCACAGUGAAAACGCAAGAAAAAAGCCGCUAUAAAAUCAAUUUUUUUCGAGCUUCACCGCAUAUUGCAUACGUGAGAGAGGACAGCUCGUGGUUUAUCGGUAUUACGAUAAGAAACAGAGGAUACAGUCUCCACGGCGGUGACACGCUUCACCGGAUUCACAGAAAGUCCCCACGAUUGAUAUACGCGAUAGACAAUCUGCAUGGCUCGAACUUCCCUUUGAUUCAGAUUUCAUUCACUGUUUCUUGCGUGCUGCUUUCGGUUGCAACUUCGGUGGCAGAAACGCAGAAGUUCGCGCGCACUUUUCAUGGUCGAACUACGGUGACGCGAGCAACUGGUUGCAUCGAUGACCACGAGCUUCGACUGUGGGAAAUGACGGAAGUUGGAAUGCUCGUGUAUCCGUUAGCGUGUUUCGUAAGCACGAAUUAGAUGAUAAGGGCUUUCAAGCGUGCGACGGUAGAAUUAAUUCCGCUAGAUGGUAACAGAUAUAACAGGAAAAUAUAUCUCUCGAUUAUUUAAAUACCUUGUCAGAUCAUCUCUUUUCUCCGAUCUUUCUGCAUCGAUGAAUUUAACGAUACUCUCAACGAUAGUUAAAGGAAGUGGUUCGAUACUGAGAAAAAAUUUUCUUCCUAAGACAUACAUACGAAGCAAAUAUCGUAGACAUCCUAAUCGAUGACAGUGAUGUCGUGCUCUCCUAUGAAUCACGGCAUGACGGCUAAACGCACAGCGCAGUAAACCGCAACGUCUGUUUUGAAAGUUAAUCGCUACGAUACAGCAUUGAAAUUCGUAAUACGUGGCAGGGAGCCACAUCCAUCGCAUACGAAGCUUCGAUAAGUGGUCGACAAAACUAUGACCGUCAAAACUGCAUAGAAAACUCCGUAUCUAGAAUGCUAGAUGCUCGCAGAAAUCCACGUUGCGAAUAGCUGUAAGCGAAAGGGAUUGCGCACGAAACCGAAUCGUAGCAAAUAUUUAUAUAGAAACUGCAACCGAGAAGCGCCGCGUAACAUUUACCAUUUUUCUCCUAAAUCCACGUAUAUGCGUCUGUUUCCACGAUACGGAAAUUUAAUAUGCAAAGCCUGGAUGGUCACACGAUCACACAUCGGUACGAGGUUGCUGAAACUUGAUUUCAGAGAAGCGGGCAGGAGAACGACUCGAUGACGCGUUGGAUUUUAAAUCUAGGCUAAAGUCGAUACCUGUUCGACGAGAACUAUGCGGUAAGAGGACCAGCCACCGGUAAUAUCCGGACUGUUUUCACGUUCUACGCGACAACUUUUAGCGGAGCAAUGUAAUCUCGCCGUGGUACGUGUCAAGCACCGUGCGAUAAGACAUGGAACGUUACGAUAAUUGAAUACACAAUUGUUUUGGCCGAUACCGAAACGCGGCGGAACAUAUCGUGCGUGAAAACAGUGGUGCACGAUGCUUUCGCAGCAGGUAGCCUGGAAAUACGGCCGCUUAAACGCGAAUCGAAUGUUUUUCAAUCGAAAAUCCGUGUUCAUCGAGAUUGAUUCGAAGAAAUUCUAUCAAAGAUGAACUUGUUCUAUUGCAGGCUUGCUCAUCGGAUACACGAUGAGCGUAUUUUCCUUUACAAUUGGCGCAUGUUAUUCGAAAUUCUCGUAAAACUGUGGUCGAAUUGCAGUGGGUUUGCAGUCCAAGACGCUCUCGUUCCUUUCAGCAACGAAUACUUCUCUGUUUGUGGAAACGCGACGAAGUUUCUAGAUACUUGGUUUACUAGAGGCUUUUUGAAGAACCCUGCAGUACUGACCCACGGUGGAUUCCACUUUUAAACAAUCGACUUAUUUUUCUUUCCGCUGUUCUUUUUUUUUUUCAAGUUUAUCCAGUGUGCUCGAACGAGAAGAAUGCGAGGCAUUUGCGAAUCUGCGAAUCCAGGGGCGCUUGUUCUAGAAACACUUGCGCGCAACGCGCCGAGAGAAUGGAAAAAGAGGUCGGAACUGUUACGGCAAUUGUGUGUGCGCGUUGUAAAGAUAACGACGCUCUCAUGGCAAUACCUGCAUGGUUAUCAUUAAGACCAGCACCGGUUGAGAACGUUACGCGGCCGAGAGACGCGGAGGUUGUUCGUCGGCGACGCCAGGCAUCCUACAUUUUCGUCCGGUUCCAGUUUGCUUACGCAACUUUCGCGGAUGCACUGUACACAACACACACACGAUACAAAGGGAAAGAAUCGCUGGGAAAAAGAAGAGGAGCGUCGUGGAACGCGCACCAUUUCUGCCGCGUGGAAUUCGAGGAUCGUAAACAGUUGACAUUCGCUGCGAUUUAUGCGACUAUGAAUGGCUGACAUUUGAAUAUUACGCAGAUUUCUUCGACGAGCGCAGUCACGGCUAUGCUCGCGGCGUGUUACUGUUAUGACCGCCAUUAUAUAGAAUUUAUUCGUUGUACCGUUACACGGAGCGUUCGUUUACAACGGUGGCGUCCAAUUUUCAUCGCGAUGCGACCGACGAUAAUGAGGAAGGCGCCCGUGCCAGGUCCAAAUUCAGACGAACUCGUUUGAGCGUCAAUUUCGCCGUCAAAGAUCCUUCUCGCACGUAUAUAUGUAAAUAUGUAUUACAUUCAAAGCAUACGUGAAUAUUAUGACAAUCAGAUGGAUACAGUAUGGUUUAUGGUAAUUAAGUGAGAAAAGGCUAUUUUAUAAAUCGUACGACCGAUGCGAUCAAGAAGCGAUAAAAAGAAGAAAAGGUUGUACGCUGGAACCGGUUGUGUAACGCUUUACGCGGUGUAGUAAAGAUGAUUCAUAUCAAGGAGGCACGCAUUUUCUGAAUGACCUAUAGAAACCUGUAUUUGCUUGCGUGUAUACCUACAUGUAUUCAGAAUUGUUCAACACGGCCAUCUUAUAUCACAGAGGAUCUUGCGUCGUAGUGACUGGUUUUUGCAUUUCUUUCCACCAUCCUUUUUCUUUUUAUUUUUUUCUUUUUUUUAACUCCGACGAUGAUGUCAUAUUUCAUGGCUCGUUUCUCCUACCUGUGACUGAAAACCUCUUAAAGAACGCGUGAACACCUAAUCAUUCUCGACGUUCGAUAUCCUGUUUUUGCCUCGGUGAAUGAAUUUAAAAAUUACGACUUGGCAUGUUUACGAGGAAAACGCUUGACGCCAUUCCUCGAAACGAUUCUCUUUUUUUUUUAAAUUUGUGUUAAUGGCGAAGCACACGAUGACAUCAUCGGUAACGAGAGUCAUUGUUCAAACACACGACUCACUUGUUUCAUUGACUGAUUCAUUAAUCUUGUCGGCUGUAUACAUUCUACGAUCAAGCGAAUCCAAUCAUCUCGCGACAUCAGAAAAGCUACUACUGUUCAAUGAAUUGUCUUUUUCUCGUCAACGUGACGGUACCGGUAAUUGACGGAUUAGUCACGGUCCGGUGACUCACGAUUUCUGGAAUAUCGACAUUGAUAUUUGCGACACGAAUACAGAAGGAUCGUAUGGCGAACGUAAUCGCCUCUGAAACGCAUUUUUGUUAAUCGAGGACAUCGGUCCUUUGUCAAUUCGAUUCUCUCGAACUUGAAAACAACGAUCAAAGUUUCUACAUACAUAUGUUUAACGAGAUCGUCAGAAUUCUUUUACGCAACGUACAACAGGAAACGCGAACUCGUUCGCCGACUACGAUCAUCGCAAGAUAUCGCCUCGUUGCUCGAAACACGUGUGCCAGCUAUCGCGCCACGGUUUUAAUAAAUAGACGCUCUCGACUGCGACAAGAUACGCGGCGCGUGUACGAGUUUAUGCGCUCAAUCUUCUGCAACGCGAGGCAUGGAAGAAGGAUGACACCGAUUCGAAUCGAUGUUUUUAACAGAAAUCCUCGAUGAAAAUAUCCGCUCGCGUGUUGCACAGCUGGCGAAACAUUCGCAACAAAGAAUCAUUUUCCAAAUAAGUGUAUUUGUGUCGACGCAUUUGCGAUAAUCCAAUAAGGUUGGGAGCGAAUUCAGCGGCGUUGGUUCUCGCGUCCUUUGCAAGGAUUUCCAGCAAUAAUACUCCGGCCUGUUAAAGCGAUCGCCUAGGAGAUUAUCCGUAAUUGCUAAUAGACCGAAUAGUCGGUCGUGAUAUUAGAUGCGAAGAGGCUGAUUGGCAGACGUUACGAUGAUCCAUCAGUCCAAGCUGACAUGAAACAGUGGCCGUUCACCGUGGUUAACGACGGAGGAAAACCGAAAAUCCGAGUUCGGUACAAGGGUGAGACGAAGUCCUUCUUUCCCGAAGAGAUCUCGUCGAUGGUUUUGACGAAAAUGAAGGAAACGGCGGAAGCUUAUUUGGGAAAGUCCGUCACGAACGCCGUGAUUACGGUACCAGCGUACUUCAACGAUUCCCAGCGACAGGCUACCAAGGACGCCGGUACUAUCUCCGGCUUGAAUGUCCUGAGGAUCAUUAACGAGCCGACUGCCGCAGCUAUUGCUUACGGCCUCGACAAAAAGGGCCGCGGUGAAAGGAACGUUCUGAUCUUCGAUCUCGGCGGCGGUACUUUCGACGUAUCGAUACUGACUAUCAACGACGGCAUAUUCGAGGUAAAGGCCACUGCCGGUGACACCCACCUGGGUGGCGAGGACUUCGACAGUCGCAUGGUGACACACUUCACACAAGAGUUCUCAAGAAAGUUCAAGAAGGAUCUGACGACGAACAAACGAGCGGUUCGUCGGUUGAGAACAGCGUGCGAGCGCGCCAAGAGAACCCUGUCCUCAUCGACGCAAGCCAACAUCGAAAUCGAUUCCCUGCUCGAUGGCAUCGACUUUUACACGUCCAUCACGCGCGCUCGCUUCGAGGAGCUCAACCAAGAUCUCUUCAAGUGUACGUUACAGCCAGUCGAGGAAGCUCUGCGCGACGCCAAGAUGGACAAAUCUCAGAUUCACGACAUCGUGCUGGUCGGUGGCUCGACUAGAAUUCCACGAAUCCAGAGGUUCCUUCAGGACUUUUUUAAUGGAAAGGACCUUAACAAAUCGAUAAAUGCGGACGAGGCUGUGGCGUACGGGGCGGCAGUGCAGGCGGCCAUAUUGCAAGGUGACAAGUCCGAAGCCGUACAGGAUCUGCUGCUCCUGGACGUGACUCCGUUGUCCCUCGGGAUAGAGACCGCCGGUGGCGUGAUGACCGCUCUCAUCAAACGCAACACCACGAUCCCGACCAAGCAGACGCAAACUUUCACUACCUACUCGGACAAUCAACCGAGCGUCCUGAUCCAGGUUUACGAGGGGGAGAGAGCAAUGACCAAGGACAACAACCUCCUGGGAAAAUUCGAGCUUUCUGGGAUUCCGCCGGCGCAUCGAGGCAUACCGCAAAUCGAAGUGACCUUCGACAUCGACGCGAACGGUAUCUUGAACGUGUCCGCCGUGGAGAAAUCAACGAACAAGGAGAACAAGAUAACGAUAACCAACGACAAGGGACGACUCAGCAAGGAGGACAUAGAACGAAUGGUGAACGAAGCGGAAAGAUACCACGCGGAGGACCAAUCGCAGAAGGAGAGAGUCGCGGCGAAGAACAACCUCGAGUCGUAUUGCUUUAACGUAAAGAACUCCAUCGAGGAUGAGAAUAUCAAGGCGAAGAUUGCGGAAGGAGACCGGAAACUCAUAGCUGACAAGUGCGAUGAAAUCAUCAAGUGGCUCGAUAUCAAUACUUCCGCCACUAAGGAGCAGUUCGAGAAUAAGUUAAAAGAUGCUGAAAGAGUUUGUAAACCGAUUUUUACCAAAUUUUACAACAGCGCAGGACAGAAUUAUAGCUCUUCGGCCAAUCCAACGAUAGAGGAAGUGGACUGACUGAAUAUUUACCCUCGGUUGGUUAUACCGCGUACCGCCGGUGCUUAGAUGACACUUUUCACGCGAUAUUCAAAAUUCAUCGUUAAUAUUUUUCGCGCGACUCUAUAUUAAACGAGCUUAAUUCAGAACGAUCAAAAUAUUUGUGAACCCAAGACUAUUGAACGCUUGUAAGCAAUUAAAACAGUUCACAAGGUUGAAUCAUAGAAUAAACGGCUCCACGUUAAUUUCCAACGCAUUAUUUAUUGCAAGCGAGUUUGGGAAAGGUAUUUAUCGUAAUGAUUUCGUAAUACAUUCGAGAUAUGCGAUAAUAUUGUCAGACUAAUACAACGACCUAACGUCGCCGCUUACGUGUAUAUGACGCACGUAUCAAUGUGUAUACAGCGUGUAAACUGUUUCAUCAAACGGGUCCUUCUCGCAUCACGUUAAAAAUUAAUAUUGUUUAUGCGUGUAAAGAAUAUGUACACAAAAGGGGGAAGGGAGACACUAUUAAAUAUUUAAUGAACUUAGCGUACAGGUAAAUAUAGCCUACGCAUUAAUGGAACGUUUCUUCUCGUAAAAAAUAGAUUAUGCAGAGCACCAUGGUUUCUUCAUCGUAUUAAUCAUCAACGUCUUCCGUUUUUCUCUUUUUUCCAUUUUCUACUUUUUGCUUUUUAUCUUCGAAUUAACUGAAUUUCUUAUAUACAAUUUUCCGCGUCGUUGUCGCGAAUCACCGCGAUGAAUCGCGACGCUGUAACGCUGUUUGCAAGCACAUUACGAAAUGUGGCUAAUUCCCGGAUCGGACGGGCGCCGAGAUUACAGUAUCAGCGCCUUAUCAGCGCGGUAUCUUGCGAACAAUCGAGAAACAAACGAGGAACAGAAACUGACUAUAAUGUUGUCGCAAAAUUUUAUGCCCUGUGCUCAGUCUUUCACGCGCGUUACAAUUUACUUUUUGUUCGUUCUUCUCGUUCCGCGCGAAACGGUCCGAUCGGCUGAUCACUUUCUAAUUUACGAUCCUUUCCAAUUUGUACUGAGAUAUUAGGUUAAUUCGCGCCAGUUUUUACAUUAAGUGGAAUUCCAGUGGGUUCAACUAUUUCAUGAUAUUCGAUCGUUAGAAAUUAAGUUACAACAGAUAGUAGAUUUGACGAUCCGAAAGUGUUACAGAUUCAGCAGCUCGUAGUUUCGAGCAUUGCGAAAUCGAAAUAGAUCGUUUGGUAUUCCACCUUCGUCUCUGUUUUCGCUCUGGUGCCGCCAAGUAAUUUAAAGCAUUCCGAUAUACUCGUUUAUUUCAAUCACGGAAUUACGCAAUCGCGCCGCGAACCUUUCGCUGGGUCGAGUAACAGAAGACAGAUUCCAUCUCGGGAUCUUUGAGUCUGUCAGUAAGUAUCUCAUUACCGAGCUCAAAAAACCGGAGGAUCCUACGCUUCAAACUUUUGCCACGUCUUCUUCGUUCUCGAAUUCGUCGUCGAGAUCGAGGCUGGUCGUUGCGACACGAUUGUCGAAACGAAGAACGCAGGAUAUGUACGCAAGAACGGGACGUAAAAAAAAAAAAAAGAAAAAGGG